AUGCGGGCGACUGGUUCUAUUUGCACCCUUGUGGCGCUUGCCAACGUUGCCAGUUGUGUAGGAACGAACACCACUUUGCCCAAACGGCCUUUACUGGCAAGUGGCAUUGUUGAUCUCGGCAUUGCAUCAAAUGCAUACGAAAAAGCAAAAGCUUUCGUCGGGAAGCUCACAAACGCACAAAAAGUUAAGAUUAUCAAUGGCCAUAGCUUCACUGCCGGAAAUAUCUCCUGGGCUGGUUAUGCUGGCAAAGAUGGCAUCGAUGGUGUAAACAACCAGGCCUAUGUCUCUGGCUUUUCCACAGCUGCCGCGGUUGGAAUGACCUGGAAUCCAGAUCUUGCCGAGGCUCAUUACCUUGCAUUAGGUGAAGAGUUUUACGGUACUGGGUACAACUUAAUCAAUGGACCCGUACAAAGCCCCAAUGGUCGGGUCGCUUGGUCUGGAAGAUUACCCGAGUCCAUCUCCCCCGAACCGUACCUGUCUGGUAUCAUGGAAGCCAAGACUGUGACUGGAUUCAACUCAGCCGGCGUAGUUACAGUUGGACGGCAUUUCGCUGUUGACGAACAGGAAACUAAUCGCAAGGUUGGCGGGUAUUCCUCAAACGUUGACGAAAAAACUCUAAUGGAACUGUACCUCUGGCCAUUUGCGGAUUCGGUGAAAUCCGGGAUGAUGGGGGUGAUGUGCUCGCUGAAUGGAGUCAAUGGACAAGUGGCUUGCGAGAACGAUAAACUACUUAACGAUUACCUCAAGACCAAGCUUGGGUUCCCUGGUUUGGUCCUUCCCGACGUUGCCGCCCAACAGUCGUCUUACGGGUCGGCCAAUGCUGGUCUAGACUACGGGUCCAGUCAAUAUUGGAGCGAGACUAUAAUUCUGGGAGGCAUUGCAAAUGGAACCUUGACUCAAGCACGACUCGAUGAUAUGGCGACCCGCGUUGUGAUUGGGUGGUACUACGCCAACUUAGACAAUGGAAAGCAACCCUCUACGAUAUCGGGUUCUGAGUACCGAAAUGUACGAGGCAAUCAUUCUGCUACUAUUAAGCAAGUGGCCAGGGAAGCGAUCGUCUUAUUAAAGAAUAACAAUGACGGAACUCGCAACGGCCUUCCUAUUGGCCUCCCAAUCAGAAAGCCGCGGGCAAUCGGUGUUUUCGGCGCCCACGCUGGCCCGGUCAUGGCAGGCCCAAAUCAGGUCUUCUCGGUUACUGGGUCGCCUGCCCAGAUAUAUCCCGGCCAUCUAGCUGGUAUCACUGGUUCUGGUGAAGAUUCAUUUCCUUAUGUUGUUGAUCCGCAUGUGGCUCUGCUGUCGCGUAUCAUCGCUGAUGAUACUUCUGUUUUGUGGAUCUUCAACAACACUUAUACCUCGCCGUACUCCAUUGGUAUCCCAGGCCAGAGUACAGGCUCAGGUAGCAACGCGAGCAUCAGUGUGGGAUCUUCCGGAGGUGGUGGCGGUGCUGGAGGAAUCCCGUCAUUUCCAGGGGGAUUUGGGACAGGCGGUACCCCGUCCUUCGAGACUUACGCCGCAUUAUCUGAUGUUUGCCUCGUGUUUAUCAACGCAUGGUCAGGAGAGGGCGCAGAUCGCACUGAGCUAUCGAAUCCUGGGCAGGAUGCGAUGGUGAACGUUGUUGCCGAUAAUUGCAACAAUACUAUCGUCGUGGCCAAUGUCGCUGGUCCCCGUAUCCUCGAUGCAUGGAUUGAGCAUCCUAAUAUAACCGCAGUUCUCUAUUCUGCUUUACUCGGCCAGGACAGCGGAAACGCCAUUGUCGAUGUUCUAUAUGGCGAUGUCAAUCCAAGCGGAAAACUCACAUACACCAUUGCCAAGAAUGCGACGGACUACAUACCUAUCUGCGAGACAUUACAAUGCAAUUUUACAGAAGGAGUCUAUAUCGAUUACAGAUAUUUCGAUAAAAGCAAUACUUCUGUUCGCUAUCCCUUUGGUCACGGUCUAAGCUACACGUCCUUCGCAUACAGCAAAGAUGUUACCGUCACUAUAACAAACCAGACUGCGUUGAACUCCAAAUAUCCAACUGGGUCACUGGGACUGGGAGGUGAUGCCGAUAUGUUUGAUGAGGUCUUGGUUGUGAAUACAUCGGUUCUAAACUCAGGAGCCAGGGAUGGCGCCGAGAUUGUUCAGUUGUAUGUCGGCUUCCCUGCCGAGGCUCAACAACCUGUCCAGAUCUUGCGGGGCUUUAGCAAGGUCCAGGUCAAAGAAGGGCAGACCGCAAAUAUUUCAUUCAGUAUCAGGCGACGCGAUAUAAGUUACUGGGACACGUCAGCCGAGAAAUGGGCGGUUGCCAGCGGCAUCUACACUUUCUCUGUCGGCUCCUCAUCGCGAGACAUCAAAUCGACGACCCAGCUCCACAUAUAG